AUGUGGCAUGACAAAAUAUUAGGACAAAACACUAUCAACGCAUUCACUCAGUUACUCAAAGGUGCAGGAAAGGCAGCAACAGAAACAAGUUUGAAGGAUUGGAUGAAGUCUCUGAAACAAGGAUUGGUUGACAAAGCACUUGCGAUGCGGAUAUCAUCAGCUCAGUGCAUUGAAGCAUCGAUUCGUCAUACAAGUCAAGCAUAUACAAAUCAUGAUGUAGAGCAGUUGCUUCAAAUCAUCUUCAAAUCAUUCGAGAAUUCAAGUUUUCCUGUUCGGCGGGCGAUCUCUUCCCUUUGUGCAACGCUUUUGGCAUUUACACAAUCUUCUGCUAUGGUCGAUCCAAACAAACCCAACGUGAAAUAUGCAAUGACUGGCGAUAAAUCUGUCACAAUAACAAAGAAAUCACAAGGCUUACAAGCGGAUACCUCUCUUAUGUCUGUCGAUGAAAUGCUGGAACAACUCUCAACAUUUUAUGGUCGACCAACAACUAGUCGUGAAAUCAAAAUCGGUAUUAUAGAAUCCUAUGCUACAUUAUUUACACUUCUUGGAACGGAUUUUGUGGACACCAACUACUCAACUAUUGCAAAACAUCUAUUCAAAGAAAUAUUAGAAGGUGGAUCCAAAACUACUACUAUAUUAGAUGCUUCUGAUGGGGCAUUCGCUCGUGCUCAAGUUUUCUUUUUAUUACACAAUACUAUUGGGAAACGUCUUCUCAGCGAACAAGGUCAAGCCUCAGCUAUACGAAUUCUAGUGACUCAAUGGAUCAAACUAUGGCCUUCACUCAUUCCGAAUCAGGUUCCGGUUAGCAAACAUACUCUUAUAUGUGUUACAAAUGUGGUCUCUUCUUUGAUAUGUGAAUUGGAAGGUGCUUCUGUCUCUGUUCAGGAUGUCUUAGUUGAACCUCUGUUUGUACUUUUGACUCAUCCAAGUUUUGCUGUACAAACAGCAGCAAUUUGGUGUAUCCGUUGUGUUUGUUAUUCUGUUCCGGCAAAUUUACCUUACCUCUUACCUAGAACUUUGAACUCAUUGGAAAAAGAUUUGGCUAAUCUAUCAAACUCAACUACCACUCUACAAAUUCAACAACGUACUAUUGCCUAUGCUUAUGCUGCUGCUGCUAUUAUGAGUGUAUUUCCUUCUCGACCAAUUUACACAUCAUUUGAUCUCAGUGCUCGUGCCAUGUCAAUUGCAAGUCAUUUACUCAAGAAUAUCAACAAAGAUUCCAAAAUUGCAAGUGUUCAACUUCAAGUUGCCUGGACCCUGGUUGGAUCCUUGAUGUGUUUGGGUCCAAAUCUGGUGAAACUUCAUCUCCCUCAGUUGUUACUCUUUUGGAAAUCUGCACUUCCCAAACCAACUGGAAAAGAAGCAAAUGCUAUAAGAAAUGAAGCAGAAUGGUCCUACUCUCUUCACUCGCGUGAAUGUGCUACUACCUCUAUUUAUAGUUUUCUUCUUCACAACAAUGUGUCUUUGGUUACCUUGGAUAUUGCAAAACGUAUAUCGGCUUUAUUGAACAAUUCUUUUGCAUUUUUGGCGACCGCUCCUGCUACCUUCUCAGCCUCUGUCUUAUCUCCAUGCCUUCCGUAUGAAACGAAAUUGACCGAUCAAUAUUAUGGAUUACGACGACGACUUUUCCAAUGUUUUGUCACUCUUCGACCGCUACUAUCAACAUAUGAAUCAUCACUUACUAGUUUGCUUCGAAAUUCUCUAACUGUUUUUACCGAACCAGAAAAGGUGACUCCUUCAUCCGGUACACAUUCUCAAGUGACUGCAACUAUACCUGGUCAAUUUGUUAGUUUGUGGUCUGCAACUGAUGGUCAUGGUUACGGGGUGACAAGUAAAUUGAAAGGGUAUCAUGUUGAUGUUGGUACAAUGGAUACUGAUCAGUACGAAGACAACCUUAGGGGGAAAGAAUGGGUGACAAAGGAUCGAUUUGAACGAGUAGAAGAAUUAUUAGAACGUCCUAUUCUUGGUUCAGCCGAACUGGAUCCUCUUUAUCUCUAUACAACUUUUGACAAGGACACUCGACAGACCAUGAUUCCAGAACCAGUUGCUCCUUCGACUUCUUAUGUGGAUUCCAGUAUUGAAUUAUUUGCGACUCUAUUUCCAAGUCAACCUCCUCCAGUUCAAGAAUCAACGUAUGAACUUAUCGCCAAAGUAGUCAAGGACAGUCGAUCAGAAAAGAAGUCUCCAAAACGAGCAGCCGUUCUCGUCAAUGUAGUUGUCGCGUUAUUAGGGGCUUUGAAGAAUAUGAUGACAGCAUCAUCAGCACAUCAACGAAACAGCAACAACAGUAACGACAAUAAUUCAUUGAACAUCCAGCGCAAAAAUACCAAUAGUACCGAAGUCGUUAUACAGGAUACUAUCGCUAUUGGUCGAGCGACACAACUUGUACAAGAAAUUCUUAUGGAAGCCGUUGGACAUCCAGAUCCUUAUUUACGAAAUGCAGCAGCGGAAACGAUGGGACGCCUUACAACUAUUGUUGGUGGAUCAUUUGUCGCCUCACAGAUGCAGCAGCUAGUGGACUUGGUGGUUAGUAAUCGUGAUCCAGAUGUACGUGCGGGAUGUGCUUUGGCAAUUGGUUAUAUAUAUUGUCAUGUUGGUGGUAUGGCAGCAGCUCCUCAUCUCAAAACGAUCGUUGGUAUACUAUUGUCUCUUAGUAGUGAUCCUCACCCUGUAGUGCAUGUAUGGGCAUUGGAAGCUUUGGCUAUGACGGUGAGCGCAGCUGGUCUUAUGUUUUCUGGUUUUGUUAAUAGCACUCUCGGAAUGGUGGCCAAACUCUAUCUUAGCGAAACACAUGAACCUGGCAGUGGAUCGAUAGCUGUUUCAAAUGCAGGUAUGUCAGUUGGAUUUACAGCUUACCAAGAAUUUGGACGGAUUAUCUAUGAGUUGAUUGGUACACUUGGUCCAGAAUUACAAGCAUCAUCCAAAAUCCGCGAAUUAUGCCUCAAUAUGGUGGAAGAACUCAAAUUGGAACCUGAUCAACGUGUCAAUGUGGAGGCUAUCCGAUGUAUACAGCAUUUCCUCAUGUUUGCUCCUCAAUAUUUACAAGUGCACGAAUUAGUACCUUAUUUACAACAACAAAUCACUUGCCUUCAUAUCCCACUCAAGAAGGCGGCUGUCACUUGCUUGUAUCAGUUGGUGCAACGUGAUGCUAGUUUGGUCUUCAAGGCGGCACAUCAAGGAUUGGACAACGAACUAUUCAAAAUGCUUGAUACGGAUCCCAAACUGUUUGAUGUUAAAAAUGUGAUCAAGAGUUGGCUCAAGGAAACAUGUGUACAAGAACCAUCAGUAUGGGUGAAUAUCACAAAACGGAUAUUAACUCGGAAUCUGACCUCAGGCCAAGCUACGGACGACAACAAUAACAAUACAGGUGGAACCUCUGAAUUCACAUCUCCUUUUGCAGGUGGUGGACGUGGUAGAAAGAAACACAGUGGAGGCAACAUGGGUGGUCUAGCAUUUGGAGAAAGUGACAAUGGCAAUGAUGGUAACGCUUUGGAUGAUGACUACGAUGAUGAUGACUAUGAUGAUGAUGAUGAUAAUGACGAUGAUGGAUUUGUGGAUGAUGAUGUGAUUGAUAUACCAACCUCUGUGGCUGAUGCAUCUGGUAUGACAUCAAGACUCUCUGUCAAUGUGGAAAUUCCUCCUAGGUGGCGUACCCAAUUGUUUGCUCUACAAUGUUUACAAAAGACUAUUGAUUUGAUCCAUGCUCAAGGUGAUCCCGAACAUUUCAAUUUGAUAUUGGCAAGAAAACGAAGACAACAGGCUGGAAUUGGUGACUAUUUGGUUUUCCGUGUGCCAGAUUUGAUUCGACUUUCCUUCAUAGCAGCAACGGCUCAAGUCAAUGAAUUACGUCUAGGUGGUAUCGCUUUAUUGAAAAUGGUGAUAGAGAAAUUUGCUGCAACAGAAGAUGCUGAUCUAGAAGGGAUGUUAUUAUUGGAACAAUAUGCGGCACAAAUUGGUGCAGCAUUGACACCUGCUUUUGGAUCCGACUCAUCUUCCGAAAUUGUAUCUGCUGCUGUUCGUGUUUGUGCCAUUUAUGUUGGUAGUGGUAUUGUGAAGGACUUGUAUCAACUUGGUCGUGUUUUAAAAUUGUUGACUUCAGCAUUAGAUCGUUGCAAAGAUGAAUCCAAGUUAUCUGGUGUGGGUGAAGUCAAGGAUCUAAGUCCACAUGCUUCGGUGAUGGUCAAGUUAUCUGUUCUCAAUGCUUGGGCUGAAUUACAGGUUGCAAGUCAACGACAAGAUUACAUUCGUCAAAUUUUACAACCAAAUCUGAAUGCUCUUAGUCCAUUAUGGCUACGCUCUCUACAAGAUUAUGCUCGAAUUCGUUUGGAAUCGGAUAUUACUGCUCUUUCAAGUAGUUCUGAAGGUGUUCAUGCUUCAUCAUCUAGUGGGAUGGAUUCUAUGUAUUCAGCUGCUACCAAGGAAGUCGUUUUACCUUAUUAUCGACGAUCAUGGUUAAAGAUUAUGGAAGCAGUGGCAUCUCUAAUUGAAACAAAGUCAACAUCAAUGAUGGAUGCAUUAUCAAAUAUGAACAACUCCAAUCUGACGGACGACAAAACUUCACCAUCUGACCUGUUUUAUAUCUUAUUUGGAUUAUGUUUGGAGAAUCUAUCUCGUAUAUCUAGUAGCAGUACUGGUCGUUUGGACAUAUCUUCUAUAAUGCCAUCUUUGACUGGUGCUUCAUUUUUACCCAAGGCGAUUUUUCUGGAGUUAAUGAAUGUGUUUGAUCGACUUGUACAGACUGAAGGUUAUAAUGUGCAAUUAAUUAUCAUCGAAAUCAUUCACCGUUUGAUUACAAAUUAUAAUGCUACUGCUCUCUGUGAUGAUUUGGAAAACUGUCUUGAAGAUUCUGGUGACUUGAUUACAGUGGACAAUACUUUGGAUUCAGGCGUAUUUCCUACAACUGCCAAGCUUUAUUACCUGUUACGACUUUUGGUGAGUGUUUUUGUACAACACAUUCCUUCACUGCGCAAUAAAGUCAUGUCGGCUCGUCCUUUUGGAGAGAAUGAUAAAGAAAGCCUCUCAACAUUACUCCGGUCAUCUCUUGAAGCUUUGGCACAAUUGGUCAAGAUGACACCUCCUAAAUAUAGAGUUGAUCUUUUGGCCAUUGCAUUACAUAUAUAUAUAGAAAUCCUUGCUUCUUCUGAUCUAUCCAAUACUCUGGGCCCAUGUACACUUGUAUGUAUGAAAAUGAUGCUACAUCAGCUUGAAAGUGAUUUAUCAACCUCCGAAAUUAGCUCCUUAUCUCAUGUUGUAUCAAAUGCCCUACAAACUCUUUUGCAAGGCAUCUUUUUGUAA